AUGGUCUGCACAAAGUGCCAAAAGCUCGGCAAGGGCUCCACGACCCUCGCGACGCCCUCUGUCAAGAAGAAGAGCGAAAUCUACCACGGCUCCUCCUCGUCCUCGUCUUCCUCCACCACCAAGUCCGCUACGCUGGGCACGACCGGCAUCGGCAAGAGCAAGCUCCUCUCCAAAGCUGCCAAGAACCCUUACGCCCAGUACUCCAGCGCCUGCUCGAAGUGCAAGACAAAGGUCUCUCAGGGCCACUCCCUCUGCCAGUCGUGCGCCUACCGAGCCGACUCGUGCGCCUCGUGCGGGAAGCCGAACAAGAAGGCCAAAGGGGCUGCCCCGUCGAUCGCGGGACAAAAGUUCACGUUGAAGUGA